AAUAUUUUCACAAUUUAAAAAAGUUAUAGACUUUAGUAUUUAAUUUAUGAAGAUAUUCAAAACUCUUUUUGUAGUUCUUUUUAUUUCGGGGACAAUUGCAUCUGAUUUUAAAAAUAGUGAACAUAUAGAAAAUAUAACUUCACAUUCGCCAGAUAUUUUUAUUAAUACAAAUAUUACCGAUGAUCCAGCACAUUUUCAAACAUCAAGAACAAUUUUAAAUGGAAAGAAAACAAAUGUAAGUGUUGAAAUUAGCAAUUUAAUCAAUGAAACACUUGUUCUUGAAUCAUUUUCUAUUCGUAUUUUUGACAGGAAUUUUUCUCUACAAAUAAUUAAUUUAGGGGAUAUAAGAAAACGUAUUAUUAUACCAGAAUUGAAUUCUACAAGAGUUUCAUUUUAUUUUUCAACAGAAUUAGCGGAAAAUGAUUAUGGUCUUACAAUUUUUGCAAGAAUUAGAAGAUAUGGUAUUUUUCUUACAUAUGUUGCUUAUAAUUCAACAAUCACAAUAAAAGAACCGGGAUAUUCUUUCUUUAAUUUUCAAAUAAUCUUUCUUUAUAUUAUUCUUGCUGGUCUUAUAAUAGGCCCUUAUUUGAUUUUUCAAAAAUGGAUGUAUAAUAUGUAUCAAAAGAAAAAAAGGAAUACUAAAAAGAAGGUUAUCGAGAAGAAAGAACCAGAAAAAAUACUUAAUUUACAUUAUGAUGAAAACUGGAUUCCGGAACAGCAUUUAAAAAAUAGGACUGGAACAUCAAAGAAACCAUAGUUUUAUCUGAAAUUCGGAAUAGCUUUUGGAAAUAGACAAAUUAUUU